CCGAGAAUUAUCCAAUAUCACCUAAUAAACAAUGGCUAUUAUUGAUAACUCAAGCACAUUAGAUAACAUUAUGUUCAUGCGUUGAAUCAGUAAAUAUAUGAAUUAUUAUCUAGUGCUCAGAAAUAGAAGUUAGUGCCAAUGUAUCAGCGAGUUCUGAAAAUUCCACCCGUCCACCCAGCAGGUUCCACGAGUAUGGGAUCUCCUGGUCUUCAAUGGGUCAACUCCUAUAGAGGCCGACCUAUUCCACCAAAUGCCGUUUGUUGCGGCGUAGACAAAGAUGGCAGUCAAGUUUACGUUGGUCUGGCAAAUUUUGCAGGAGACGAAUUACCUGCAAAGAUAGUUCCUAGAAGGAGUGAAGCUUAUGUGUGUCAUAAUGGUAGAGAAAUACCAAUCACAGAUUAUAAGGUCCUCGUAGAGAAAAAAUUGCAUUGGAUACACAAUGUUGGGGGUCACAUACCACCAGGUGCUGUUCCUGCUGGAAGAACGUUAAGUGGUGAACAACUCUACGUGGGAAGAAAGAAAGUUGCUGGUUCUGCAAUGGCUGUAGGAAAGGUCCAUCCUUCACAUGGCUGCCUUUAUGUCCCAUUCGCUGGCCAAGAGAUGUCAUACAGAGAUUAUGAAAUACUAGUUUACAAGUGACUUUUUCCACAAUUGAAAUAUGUCUUUGGCUGGUGGCCAUUUUACCUUCUUAUAUAUUGUGAAAUUCAAUUUUUUAUUGGAAUAAUUCAAACGAAACAUCAAAGAACAAUAAAAGGCUUGAUUUGUUAA